UGCCACCGCCGUGCCGCGGCGGCGCCGCCCCUCAGCCGCCCACUCCCGACAGGCUCCGGGCAGGAUGGCGGCGGCGGGAACACCGGGCGGCGAUUCCUUCCAGGAGAAGCUCACACGGGUUACUGUAUGGCUAAAGAAAUUAUAUGGGGAUGUGCCUAUUCCAAAAUAUGAGGUGAAUGAAAGGACAGUGGAUAUUUUGCAUGAAAUUAUGGAGUGCAAUGAAGAGAGAGACAGGGAUGUUAAGUUGCUGAUAGAGGACAUGAAGGACAGGACAAGCAAAUAUGAAACAGAAGCUAAGUACUGGCAGGAUAUUAUUGGUCAAAGCCUUGGUUUUUUGGAAGGAGAAAUGUCCAAAGAGGCCAACAAAGACCUCAGUGAUCUGGUACAAAGUGCAAUAGAACUUGACGUGGAGGACACGUCUCUUUCCAGCUUCUACAGUGCCAUCAAUGACAUGACCUUGGAAAUGUAUAAAACGAAAUCAAAAAACAAAGAAAUGGAGCAGAAAUUGAGGACCCUCAGGAAAAAACUAACUUCAGCACUGAUGGUGGAAAAACAGUUAGAGAAGGAUAUUGAAAAUCUGAAGAAAUCUCAGGAACCACUAAUCGCCAAAGCUGAUACUCAAUCCAAGAACACGAAGUUCCUGGAAGCUAAAUCUAAGGAUCUGAAAAUAAGGAUCCAUGAUGCUGAGGAUGAGCUUAUUGCCAGGGGGUUGGACCAAUCCCUGACACAUGCGGCACUGGUGAAAUCAUCUGAGGAACUGGCUGCACUGCGUAAAGAAAUAGAGCCAUUGAAGACAGAACUGGCAUCCUAUCUUGAUUUACCUCCUAGCAUUCCCCUGGCACAAGUGAAGGUUGAAGAAGCGAGAAAAGAACUUAAAGCCUUGGAUGAAGAGCUUACAAAGGAGAUUGAGGCUUUGCCUUUUGAGCUGACAUAGCCCAGCAAACCCCAGCUCACCUGAAGGGGGGCCUACGUAGAAGAUGGUUUUCCUUCUGUUGCCUACUUAUUUGCACUAGCAAUGCACUUCAGAACUCUUACCUGUACCUUGGCAGCUUCCUGCUUUAUUCUUCUCUCUAUCAGCCUGUUUGUAAACUUCACCUAUUUUUCAUUAAAUAGCAUCCAAACUUGC